AUGAAAUUUUGCUAUGGAGCUGUUUUCCGCGGAACAACGCCGCUAGUAGUUUAUUCCCCGGAGCCAGGAAACUUCGAAAAGAUAUUUAUAGAUCAAUAUAAUAAAACAAAUUUCGCAGUUGGUAAAACUUAUUUAAAAGUCGAUAAUUGCUUAUGGGUAAUAGCUCAUGAUGAGCAAGAUUUAAAUAUACUUCUUGUUUUACAAGAUACGACAGAUAGAGAAACGGCUGAACAGUUCACUGAUGAAAUUAAAAGUCGAUUUAUCAGAUCUCAUGGAAAUGAAUGGAGAACUGCACAAGUUCAUGAAUUGUAUACACGUUUUGAGCCUCAAUUUAGAAUUAUACGUCAAAUGAUUGAAUCUUCAACGACAGAUAAAGCCCGUCAAGGCGAAGUUUUCCCACCAUCAAGUAUAUCCGAACGUUUAACAGACUACCAGUAUUCAUUUGCAAGAGAUUCGUCUACUAUUCAGAAAAAAGCAAAGAAAAAGGCUUUUGCUCUUAAAUGUGUCGCUUUAAUAAUUCUUUUGUGUAUACUUAUAUAUCUCUUCCUUGCUGUUUUAUGUGGAAGCUAUAACUUGAAGCCAAAAUGCAGGGCAAAUAAAUAA